AUGGAUUGCCUGAAGGUGUGGAAUCUCCUCUCCCUCUUGCACUGCAUGACUCUGGCGGCCGAGCUCACUUUUCGCCUGGAAGAAGAGGUUUCCAGUGGAAAGGUUGUUGCCACUAAUUCCGAUCUCGCCUCUCUCCUCGUGACUCCCAAUGCCCUACCCGUGAUCAUAAACAGGAAGUCACCAGGCGCAUCGAGUUUCAGUUUUGUUAAACGCACUCAAUCGGGACUGGAGUUGGUGGUCACUGGUCGGGUGGAUAGGGAAGCCAUUUGUCCGGCUAAGAGUGCAAUUUCCAGUGGCCUUCGACUUGACACCUCACCACGUCCCCUCUUCCAUAUAGAGGAUCCAAGUCGACUUCUUCCUUUUCGCUCCACAUUCCACGACUACGAUGCAAUGUCUCCCAAUUCGCCUGCAUCGGAUUGUGUUGUUUCACUUCGCGUUGCCAGUGGGGACAAAAUAUUCAACGUUAGGAUUGAAAUUCUCGACAUAAACGAUAAUGCACCCUCUUGGAACAGUUCUACACUUUACCUGUCUCUUCGUGAUGGCGAUCCUGCAGGCACCAUUCUCUACCUUCCGCUGGCAGAGGAUGAGGAUGUUGGACUGAACGGUGAAAUAACGUACAGUCUUCAAGCCCUCGAUGAUGACUUGCAUGGCGGCUACAGCCGUGCCCAGUUGGGCUUGUUUGAGUUGAUCAAGCAUUGUGAGACCUCGGGAGGUCAGAGAAUGCCUGACAUUGUGCUGCCACAUCAGGCCAACGAUCAAAAGCUGGCAUUGCGUACGAAGACGUCGAUUGAUAGGGAACAGUUGCCGGAGAUCAUUCAACUUCGUUUGGUGGCUAGAGAUGCCGGAACACCGACGUCACAACAGAGUUCCCUGAAGUUGGUGAUAAAUGUGACAGACGUGAACGACAAUGCGCCCAUGUUUGAGCGUGCCAUCAACAAGAUAGACAUCCUGUCGGAAGACGCACCAGUUGGAAGGACAUUGCUUCAACUCCGCGCCAAGGACAUGGACAGUGGAGCAAAUGCAGAACUCACCUACAGGUUCGAGAGUAAUGGCCAACCCAUGCUGGAGGUGAUUCGACACUUCUUUGAGAUUACACCUAGUGGACAGCUGAAGAUCCUUCGCCGUUUGAACGUGGACAAAAUGGAGGGGGAACAAAGCCUGCCAUCGUCAACUCCCAUCUCCUUUGGUGUGGAGGCAGUGGAUGGAGCUAGUCCGGCGUAUGCACUUACGGGGCGAACUACAAUUCAACUUCAAAUCAGCGACACAAAUGACGAAGCACCACGGAUUUUAGUGUACCCUGUUCAUCCGCCCAAAGAGCGACCAGCAGGAAGCACGAGUGCUGUUGAA